CCCAAGAAACAGGUAUGAAAGCUAUAAUUGUAAACCACGAUUAAAUUUAUGGAAGCUUUGGUUUAUACAUUCCUCUUAGUCUCAACUUUAGGAAUUAUUUUUUUCGCGAUUUUUUUUAGAGAACCUCCUAAAGUUCCGACGAAAAAGGUCAAAUAAUUUUUUAUUAUCUUAAUUGAAGUAAUGAGCCCCCAAUAGGGAGGGCGCAUUACUUCAACUAGUCCCCAUGUUCUUCAAAUGGAUCUCUUAGUUGUUGGGAGGGUUGCCCAAAGGCAGUAUAUAAGGCAUACCCAGUAAAACUUACAAGUAAACCAGAUAUAGAGAUGGCAAUUAGAGUUGCUGUUUCCAUUAUUUUAAUUCUAAAGUUUCCAGAUCACAAUAGAUCUAUAGGAUAAGAUCCUUAUAUUUACAGCGGAAUGGUAUACAAAGUCAACAGAUCUAAAUGAAUAAAAAAGAGUAUUUAUGGCUACGCAAACCGUUGAGGAUAAUUCUAGAUCUGGUCCAAGACGAACUGUUGUAGGGAAUUUAUUGAAACCUUUAAAUUCAGAAUAUGGUAAAGUAGCCCCGGGGUGGGGAACUACUCCUUUGAUGGGUGUUGCAAUGGCUCUAUUUGCGAUAUUUCUAUCUAUUAUUUUGGAGAUUUAUAAUUCGUCCAUUUUAUUGGACGGAAUUUCUAUCAAUUAGAUUCACAAGAAUCGAGUAAUUAGUUUAUAGAAAGUGAAGCGUUUAGGUUUCUUAUUGUUUCUUAGUCUAUUCCAUGUUGAUGUGGUAGUUUGAUCGUAGAAUUUCUUUGUUUCUGUAUUUCCGGAAUAUGAGUAAAGUUUAUGAUUGGUUCGAAGAACGUCUUGAAAUUCAGGCGAUUGCCGAUGAUAUAACCAGUAAAUAUGUUCCGCCUCAUGUGAACAUAUUUUAUUGUUUAGGGGGAAUUACACUUACUUGUUUUUUAGUCCAAGUAGCAACAGGAUUUGCUAUGACUUUUUAUUAUCGCCCAACCGUUACUGAAGCUUUUGCUUCUGUUCAAUAUAUAAUGACUGAAGCUAAUUUUGGUUGGUUAAUCCGAUCAGUUCAUCGAUGGUCGGCAAGUAUGAUGGUCUUAAUGAUGAUUCUACACGUAUUUCGUGUGUAUCUUACAGGUGGUUUUAAAAAACCUCGCGAAUUAACUUGGGUUACGGGUGUAGUUUUGGCUGUAUUAACUGCAUCUUUUGGUGUAACUGGUUAUUCCUUACCUUGGGAUCAAAUUGGUUAUUGGGCAGUAAAAAUAGUAACAGGCGUACCCGAAGCUAUUCCUGUAAUAGGAUCGUCUUUGGUAGAAUUAUUACGCGGAAGUUCCAGUGUGGGCCAAUCUACCUUAACUCGUUUUUAUAGUUUGCAUACUUUUGUAUUACCUCUUCUUACUGCUGUAUUUAUGUUAAUGCACUUUUCAAUGAUACGUAAGCAAGGCAUUUCUGGUCCUUUAUAGUGAAUAUGGGUCAUAGAUAUUUGUAAUCACUUCAUUAUCAUUUUGUAUUUUGGGGAGGAUUUUUUUUCAUUGCUACAAUUAUGGAUUAUAAAACAAAAUAAAACAUGUAUUUAGAUAUUUUUCUUCAACUUAACAAAAAUUGAAUUUUUUUUACAUACAAAAAUAGUUGAAGGGAAUUCUCCAAAAAAAAUGGAUUAUGGGAGU